UGUCUCUGGCAUGAGACAACAUGUAGUUGCCAAGGCAGGUCAUCUGCUGGGUAGUGUAUGCUAGAUCAAAGGAACAAUGAUAUCACCUCCUUGAAGGGUAUGAAUUCCUUUCUAUAUAUUGGACCACAUAGCUAUAGUGUGGUCAGUACAGGUUAGACAUAUUAAAUCAUAGAUUACUGUAUGGAAACCCAUAAGUCCAAGACCUUACUGUCAACUCUUUGGUUUUGGAAGGGUCAACUUGGUCUGUUUUUUGUGUGUUGGGCACAAGCAAAAUGUCAGUGACAUGUGUUGUGUGGAGCACUCACCAGCCACUGUAGUUUGUCUUGGCAAAAAAGAUAAUAUAGGAUAGAGACAUAAGAGAACAGUUCUCUUACAUGAUGCUUAUAUCAGAAAACAUGAUAAAAACAAAGUUGUCCAUCAUUUGAAUAAAUUUGACUUAAUAUCAAGGCUUCAAGCUCAUAGUUUUGGAUCUCAAGAAGAGGUUGUGGAUUUGGCAAUUAAUAAUCACCAAAGAGAAUCUUAUUGUUCAGAUAACAACAAGAACAAAUCAUGAUGUUCAGAUAUAAGUUCCAUGGUUGUAAGCAUCCUUCAAAUAAGCAUCUGCAGAUAAAAAGUCCUAUUGCUGUCAUCACUCUUCUGCUAGAACUGCUGUUGGUGCCUAAGAAGGUAAUUUCUUGACUCCUUGUUUUUAUUAGCAGAUAUAAUUUCUUGUAGAUGAUUGAUUAGUUGUUCUGAUAGCACCAUACUUGACUCAAGGAAGUUGACCUCUUGUUAGCUGAUUCCAUGUACACAAAACCUAGUUUAGAACCACUGGUCAAUAAAUACAGCAGAACAUGAAAUCAUUUAUCCUGUGUUGUCUUAGGAGUUAAUACCACAAGAUGAAUGCAUCAGCUUGGUGUUUGUGUUUCUGUUUGACCAGCUAAGAUAAUCUAACACAAUUUCAAUCAACAAAGCACAAAAAAAAGAAAAUUCCAGAUAGCUAAAUCAAAACCCAAACACUGGAGCAUUGACCUGCAGCUCCAGUGCUGUCUCUCCAGGAUCAUGGCAAUUAAGUCCAACCCCAACUCCUAUGUGGGGCUCCAUCUUUCCAGGCACACCCCACACACCUCCCAAGUCCCCAGUGCCCCAUGACACAAGACCUGGGAAACCUAGCCAUUUGAUCAUGUCCAUGUCUCCAUGACUUCCUCUUUUGCCUGCACAGAUCAUGAGAUCCAUUUUUCCUCCAUGAAACCUGUGCAUCUGCAAUGUCAACCCACCCCAAUCCAUGCAUCAUACCCUGAAAUCCUCCCUAUCCAUGCUGCUGUCAAUAUUAUCUGGGUCAAAAGAGAAGGGCUACAGAAAAGGACACAAAGCAGCAAUCCCUAUGCAAACAUGAGGCAUGUAGAAUGGAUUGAGUAAAUAUCAAAAAUGUUGGAUUGGAGUUCUACAAAUCUAUUCUGUCUUGGUUGAAUGGUAGGGGAAUUUAAUGGGGCAUUGAGCCUGCUGCAGAAAAGCUGUGUAGAAAGUCAAAUGGAAGGGAAGAAGAAGAAGAAGAAGAAGAAGAAGAAGAAGCAGUAGCAGCAUUGGAUUUUGAAGAGAGUGGGAGUUCCUAAAAGAUUCACAUCCUCCCUUGGGAAAAUAUGUGGCAUGUUCAUUGCCAUUAAAAAGAAGACCUCACAUAAGAAAUAAGCGGCAUUCAAGUGUGUUUGGAUUCAUUUAUGUCUGACCCCAUCAGCUGACACACCAUUAACUUCUCCUUUAUUUUGAGGAUCCCCAUCUUCCAACUUCCUCAACUUCACCUGCAAAAUAUUUGUUCUGCCUUUCCUUCUUCUUGCAGCGAAGAGAAUCCAUCACACACACACACACACACACACACCCCAAAUGUUUGUAAGACUGAUGAUGGAGUUUCUUAGGUAGCAUGUUCAGGUGAGUCUCAUCUCUCUCUCUCUCUCUCUCUCUCUCUCUCUCUUUUAUCUAUUCUCUUUAAGCUGGUUCUUGCAUGAACGCAUGGAGGGAGACAGCCUUCUUUCUCCAGUCUCACUCCCACUACCAUCCUUCCCACCACCACCACCACCACCUCCUCCUGCGAUUAGUUUUGAGAACAGGAUUACUCCUACCAUCCUUCUCAUCAUUGUCAUCCUAGCAGCCAUCUUCUUCAUCUCUGGACUCCUCCACCUCCUUGUGCGAUACCUCCUGAGACCCAAUCACAGAGAGCCAGAUGCCAUGAGCAAUGUCACAGCUCUUCAAGGCGAGCUACAGCAGCUCUUCCACCUCCAUGAUUCAGGAGUGGACCAAUCCUUCAUCGACUCCCUUCCUGUCUUCCAAUACAAAUCCAUCAUAGGCCUGAAAGACCCAUUCGACUGUGCUGUGUGCCUCUGCGAAUUCCAAUCCGAUGACAAGCUCAGGCUGCUUCCAGGUUGCAGCCAUGCCUUCCACUUGCAGUGCAUCGAUACCUGGCUCCUCUCCCACUCCACUUGUCCUCUCUGUAGAAGAAGCCUCCCCACCGAACUGUCUCCUGCCAGUAGCUGCAGUCCUGUGGUACUUGUUCUCGAGUCUGGUGGUGAGAGCUCGAGGGGGAACACCUCUAAUCUCCCCGGACAGGAUGACUGUGUGCCGUCGAUCAAUGACAAGCAGGAGGCAGAGGCAAAAGUAGUGCCUGUUAAGAUCGGAAAGCUGAGGAGUGUGGAUGAUGGCGGAGGCGAAGGCCGAGAGACUGGUAGUGGCAGUAGUAGUUUGGAUCAAAGGAGAUGCUUCUCCAUGGGUGCCUAUGAGUACGUGAUGGAUGAGAGCUCCUCGCUUCGAGUCACCAUAAAACCGAGCAAGAAGAAGACGGCUCUCAAGCAGCGCGGCCACCGGGCUGCGGUGUCAGAAUGUGACUGCCGCUCAAUCAGAGAGGGAUUCACAGGAUUUGAUGCAUCAACAAGCGUGGUAUCGAGAGGUGGUGGUGAUGCAAGCACGAGUGCCGGUUUGCACAGGAAGGAGAGCUACUCUGUUUCGAAGACAUGGCUGCGCUCAAGGAAAGAUGAACUGGUUGCAGAGGAUGAUGCUUCCAGGCGGGCUUCGUCAUUCCGGUUACCACUGCACAGGGGAAGGGAUGACUUCAAGCAGAGGAGUAGCAGCAGCCCUGUUACAGUGACAGAGGACAGGGACUCUUGGUGUUUGGAUGUGGAGGCUAGGAGCUGCCACAGCCAUGUAGCAGCAGCAUCAAUGGUGGAUGAAACACCUGCAUUUGCAAGCAGAGGUUUGCUUUGGAUGGUAAGGAGAUAGAACAAGUCAGGAAUCAUCUCUGGUUAUCAGUUCCAAGCUGCUCAUCUGUUCUUUGGAUUGCUACAUAUUGCAAUGAAGCUGUAGAUUUUGGUGAUGGAGAACAACAGAAGCUAAAGAUGAUCAUCUUGUUACAGUCUUUUUAUGUGUUUUGCUGAAUAUUUUUUGGAAGAUUCAAGGAGUUUUCUUCUCUCUCCCUCUCUCUUCUUUCUAUGAGAAACAUGAAUCUUUUCUAUGGAAGAUUCAAGGAGAUUUCUCCCUCACGUUCAUUCAUGUUCAUAAGUUGUUUGUAGCCUCAC